CGGCAGACGACACCCCGCGCUACCUCCAACAGUCGUGUGCUAGACGGCGGGGAGUGUAGGUCUCCACGCUCUCUCUCACUAACACAACCCCCUCCACGCUGAUAUACACUCUUAACACACUCUUGCCCCCUACAUGUUUUCACCACACCUUAGAGGCAAGAGCUCAGGGUGAGGAGGACGCCGCCAUGGGGUUGGGUUAGCGACGGCACCUCGGGGGGAAUUUUUUUUUUAUAAUUGAAAAGUGACGGGGCCGUGGUGUUGGGUCUUUGUUCAGAAACUUGUGGAUUUAAGAUGAUGGCGUGACGGGUGCUAUAGCUGUCUGUGUGUGUGUGUUUGGGUGUGGGCGUGUGAGCCAAGGAUACUUACUGUACCCAUGUAAACAGAUAUUGGGAAAGACCCCAGUUCCAAAUCGUGAGGGUUUUUAUUUGUCCCCCAAUCCACGAUGGCCAGCGCCCCGGGCACCCAGUCACUGCAACAGCAACAGCAACAACAGCACCUCCAACAGCAACAGCAGCAGCAGGGGCACCACCAGCAGCCACAACAACCACAACCACAGCAGCACCAGCACAAGAGACAAGCCUCCUGUAAGACCAAGAGCACCUCAGCUGACUACGCUAAUGUCAGGACCGUGGAGGCAUCACAGACACAGAUCCUGGAGAGGAUGGUGGGUGACCGUGUGUGCGUCACCCGGCCGGAGGAGGACAGACGAAGACGCACCAUCAUCGUCGAGAAGGAGAAUAACUCAUUUGGCUUUACGAUACAGAGUUACGGGAUCCACUACAAGAAGGAUGGCGAGAUAGAGGUCAUCACCUAUGUGGACUUCGUCGAAUAUUCUGGACCAGCGUUCAGAGCCGGGAUGAGAGAAGGGGAUGUUAUCCUCUCUAUCAACGGCCACGACAUGGAAAAGGCCGACCACAAGGCCCUAGUGAACUUCAUCCAGGGCUGCGGCGACAGGAUGCGGAUGGUGGUGCUGUUCGAGGACUGUGUUCAUAAGGUGGAACUACACAUGCGGUACAUCCAGCUGCAGCGGCUCCUGCAGGAAAAGAUGGCCGACCUGGAGCGCUUAUGUCACCAGGAGAAGUCUCUACUGGCUGCAUGGCGGGCCCAGGGUUUCCGCAUCCCUCAGCACCCGGUGUCCGGCCGUCAGCCCCAGCACCUGUACCAUCACCAUCACCACCACCAGCACCACCAUCACCACCACCGGCAACUGCUUCCUGCCUCCAGCACCACCUCAUCCCCCCUGCCCACCUCCUCUAGGGUGCUGCCCCCACCCCUCCAGUACCGCAUACCCCCAGCCAGCCCUUGUAGUGCCCACAACCCCGUAAGGCCUCCACAGGAUCAUUGGGGUACUAUGUCCUCCAACAACUCUCAGUCUCAUGCCCCUUCACCUCUUCACCACCAUCGCCAGCACCAUCAGCAACAACACUAUCUGCAGCUCAACUGUUCCCCCGGUGCUGUCCGGCGACCAAAAGUAUCGUCAGAGUGCAGUUCUCCGGCACAGAUUGCCCACACUCCUACGGGCUCGGCACAGAGUGUUGCUCAGCAGCAAUGGCAGCAGUGCAAACCCCGCUCUUGGGACAAUUUACUUUCCACACGAGGAUUUGGUGGAUAUGGUUUUGGAUACGGAUUUAUUGACACGAUUCCACCUCGUGGAGCUGGCAGGGGUGGUGACAAGAUGCGUUCGUACAGUACUCACCGACUCAGGGAAGAUGACAAAGAAAACAUGGUGGGGGGCGGGGGAGGAGUGCGACCGGCACCACGCUCCUCAGAAAAUCUUGUAUCACCUCUGGAUGGCUCCUGCUUCUCCUGUGAUUGCUUAAACCUUGACCCAGCACCUCUUCACACCUGCCUCUUCUCCAAGCCUAAGAGCACAGAAAGCCUAUUGGCACCACGUUCCCUCCAUCCUGCUGCUUCAGACUCCAGCUUAGCGGGAGACCCACAGCACACUAGACGGCGGUCACGCGCUGCUUCGCUCGCUGAUUGUCUUGGCGCCACCAGACACUCCCCGCCUGAUCGGGAUGAGAUGACACACCUGUGACAUUGCUUGUGAAUUCAUUACUUUUGCUUUACCAACCCAGUUCUAGAAUGACAUAGCCUUUGAGAGUAAAGACCAUAUAGAUAGUUUAUUAACAUUGCAAGAUAAAACAACACACCUCUUUGUAAUGAUGCACAUUUUGCAGUUCUAAACAAACUUUUUUUCCUCCAUUGAACUUUACAGUACUACACAUUUCUAUCAUAGGAAAAUUAGAUAAAUGGCACUUUUUUGUUGAAUUGUUGCAGUACAGUAUUGUAUAUCAUAUUCUUGCACAAGAGUCCAGUUUAUUACCAACUUUCUUAACUCUAAAAAUUUUAGGUGAAUAUUAGUUUUUUUUUUACAACGUAAAUCAGAAAUGCACAAAUAACUUGAAUAUUCCCAUGUUCUGCCUUGCACUGUUAUAAGUAAAGUAUAUUCCUAUUUUACAUAGAGCUUUUUUUAUAACCAAAGGAACUUUGGCUCAUGAAUCAUAUUAACCUCCAGACUUGACAUAUGAUAAAGAUAUUAUGUCCAUCAUUAUAAAUUUCUGCCUUUCAAGUAUACUUAGAUAUACUACGCCACACAAAAAUUUGUGCUUCAUUGCUAUAAUGUGUGUGUGUGGUCACUGUGCAGUUGAUGAUAAGUAUUAAGUAACGUGUAAAGUAUAUCUUGUCAUGGUCUGGAAUGCAGUUACUAGUUAACAUUUACCAAGCUAAUGAACUUCAUUUCUUUAGAUCUUAAAAUUAAGACCUGAUUUGCAGGAAACAACAACAACAAGAACUAGCAAUACAUCAUAUACAGUACAGUGCUCCCUGUCCUCAUGUACCAUUAGUUAGUGCAGUAGUUAACAGCUUUGCAAAAUUUCAUGAUAUUGAAAUAUAUUGUUCUAUGAAUCACAUUGAUUUUUUUUUUAAUUUUAAAGAGAAUGUGAAGGUUUAUACGUAUAUAAUGUACAGUAUAUCUUAUUGGCAAUGUUUGGAAAUACUUAUUCUCACUAUGUAAAGUUUGGGAUUUGUUAAAUUCAAUCGGAUAUUUAGUUUCUAAUGCUAUAUUAAAUUUCUUAAUAGGGAGAAACCUCACAGUCUGAGAACUUUAUGUUCAGUAUUUCAAGCUUUUGUAUUCUUAGUAUCAUAUUUAGCUUCAGAUUGAUGGUCAGCUGCAUGUAGGUAAGACAUUGGUAACUUAUAGUCAUCCAUAAUGUUUAAGUUUUAUUAAUAUGACUUUGAUGAAGAGACAAUAAAGGUGACAUUAUAUGGCUUCACUGUAGAGAUAUGUUGCUAUGGUGGCAAGUAAUCUUAGGUGAAACCAUCAAUGCAUGCUGCAGUGCUUACCUGUGUACAGUUACUCCAAAAAGUAUCUUUACAAUUUUGUGUGAGACAAUAUGACACAAUGGGCGAAGGAUUUUGACAACCCUACUGAGACGACGGGAGUCGCGUUGUUCAUUUUGAAACUCAUUGACCCUCUCUGUGAAGAUACUUUUUGGAGUGAGUGUCCUCCCCCUUGAUGACUACUGAGUUACAUGUAGGUGUACAAUAACUGAGGUACAGCAUAGGGCAAAACUGUACUGCACUGCUGUACAUGUGAACCACAUUGUGUGUGGUAACAAGUGAUAAGAAUUUACACAGGUUCAUCACAUAUAGAUGCAGUCAUUGGUACUGUACAACUUCUUCUUGGUAAAAACAAGUGUUGAAAUCACAAGUUGUCAAGGUUGAUGCCCUUUAUUACACCACUGUUUGUUCUCUGGAGUGUCAACCAGUUAGGGAAACAAGAGAGAAAUAUUAUCAUCUAUUGUGGGUUUUUUCCAGAAUAAUUAUUGCUGUACAGUUUUGUGGGAUACAGUGUCAUAGAUUGUUAUAUAUUGAGUCAUAGUAUAUAAAUACAUUGCCAUUAACAUGUGCCAAAGAAGCUUCUCAGUAAUGAUGACAUUACAGUAUUCCAGGUUGAUGGAUGGAAGACGAAUAAUCACUAACCUCAGAUCACCAAUAUUUCAUCAUUAUCUCUUCAAUUACACCCUAUUCAUUUUUUCAGAAAACAUUUUUGGUCCUAUUUUGACACAAUUUGUUUAAUAUUUUUAUUCUUUUAUCAGCCAUUGAAACAAAUUUAAUUGAAAUUAUACAUUGUGCAAGAUUUUCAGCAUUGACUUUUUGUUUUACAGAAGAAGUAUUUUGUAUAUUUUGAUGAUGAAAACUUGCCGAUAUUUUUUAUCUUAUCUUUAAGUAAGAUGUCAGAAGUGUGUGAUCCACAUCCUGCACUGGUGAAUCCUUGCUGAUGCUGUGUUCGUAUGUGUGUGUGUGUGGUGCAUCUCGCCAACAUUCACAAAGCAAUUUGAAAAAGAUUUCUUUCUUACACUUUAGUUUUUCUUUCACUUUUCACUGCUCAUAUCAUUUGCAAAAGAGAAUAUGAUACAGUACGUAUAUUGCUCCACUUCCCAGACAGGUAUGAAAGUAAGGUACUGGAACCAUCAAGGCCACACUUCACAAACUAGUUGAAAUUUCUCUUAGAUGGCAAAUUUUUCAGAUGAUUUUUGAUGAAUCUUAGAAAUGUACUGGGUAUUUGUUUUAUUUUUUUAAUAUAACAAAAGUGUUUUCCUUGAAGACCCCAAAUGUGUCACUCUGCUGUGAGUGUGGGAAGUAGGACUAACGACCUCAGUACAGUAGAUAGAUUUUGUAAGUGGUUAGUGGUUCUUCAUCUUCAACAGUAUGUCUGCCUUACGUGUAAAUAAAGUGUACACUUAUCUUCUCUAACAAUGCUCAAAACAAACAAACUGACAUAUCAUCCACUGAUCCACUGAGAAGAAGUAGGAAAUUACGUCGCUAUUUGUUUGUGAAUACAAGAUGCAUCGUUUACAGUACUUCUGUGAUCGUUGAUUUAUUCUGGUCAGGAUAACAGAUGAGUGCAAUGAGUGUAGGGCCACCUUGUUCAUAAGUACCGAUAUUAGUGAUACUGUAUAUAUGUAUAUGAAUUACUAAUUUAUUUUUUAUUCUAUAUUUAUGAAAUUAGAAGUACAGUCGGUUACAUUUGCUGCAUCAGAUUUGUAUAAUUGAUUACUGUGCUUUAUUAUAUUGAUUAAAAUUAGUAAAGCAAAUCGAAAUAUUUUCUAUAGAAUGGAUUGAAGGUCAUUUAUGCUUUUGUGAUAAUAUUAAGCUACUGUUAAGUGCAUUGAUAUGGAGUUACUGUGGAGAGUCAGAAAAUCUAAAAAUUAAGGUUUAUUCAGAUAAGAUUGGCCCCAUAAUAUAAUGUCGUGUUAAUGAUGGUGAAUCAAUUGUCUCCUCUGAUGUGGUGUACAGUACUUGAAGAUUGGCGGUGUUUUGUGUACAUAUCUAUUGUUAUCGAGAAACCAGUCAAAUAAGAGACAUUAAUUAAAAGCGGUUUUGGUCGUGUGAGUUGCACAAUAUAAAAUAACUGCCAGUGUAACUUCUUGAAGGAGGCAAGAGCUGAGGACUAACUUUAAAGAGGAAACUUGUGAUGUGAUUGGCAGGGUACAAGUCAGCUGGUUCUGAUAUUAAUUGGUUAUAGUAGUAGUAGUGAAAGUGCUGCCUCCAAUUGAUAAAUAUUUUGAUACUAAAGGCAAUGUAUCCUUUGAUAACAGUAUACAGGUGACUUCAAUGUAUCAUUGUAGUCUUUCAAAUACUUAUUUUAGAGUAAAUGACAGAACUGCUAAUAUAAUUAAGAUAAGGUAUAUUGUGAUCAUGUAGAUGCUGUAUAAGAUGAUGCUACCUUACUCUUGUGUUAUUGUGAUGAGAACUAGACUUGUGCUAAGUGACACAUUUGUACCUCUCCGUGAGGCUCUAGUCAUCCUAUUCACAGUUUGUGUAUAACUGUCUUGUUUCUUAAUGUGAAUUAUUUUAGUAGCAUUUUUCAAUAUGUAAAGAAAAUUAUCACAAUGUGCAAUACAAGAAAUGUUUAAGUAAUUUGCCUUUUGUAGUUGAUUGGAAUUAUUAAAGACCUAUGUAGAGG